AUGGGGGAGAAGGAUGAUGAUUAUCCACCAGGGGAGGGGGAGGGGAGACAGCAAGCGAAUACGAGAGGGUCGAGCAAGAGUGAGAAGCAAAGAGCAAGUGAGCAACCGGUGGGAGUUCCAUGGAUCGACCGAGCGAUGCCGGUGGAUGAUGGAUUAUUCAUCGCAGCGCCUCGGUCUGAUUGCUUGCAGAUAGUCGUGGCCGAGGAUUUGCGGGCGUGA